AUGCAGGUGUCAGCUGGGGCCCAAUCAGGGGCAAAUUAUCAAGCUUCCGAGCAUGGAGGCUAUACUGCUUCAUCAGCUUCCGUUCAGCGACCUACGCUGGACUGUGCAUGUUACGAGUGUGGUGAGAUAGGGCACAUCAAGAGGUGUUGCCCCAGACUUAGACAGAGUGGGCAGGGGACUCAGUAUCAGGCUCCCCGAGCUCCGUUUGCACCAGAUCGAGGGGAUACAGGAGGGCGCGGUCAUUUGUACGCUUUUCCGAGUAGACCCGAGGCUGAGGUCUCCGAUGUGGUUGUCACAAGUACUAUCUCAGUUUAUGACCGGAUGGCUUCUGUUUUAUUUGAUCCCGGCUCUAUUUUUUCUUAUGUGUCUACGUAUUUUGCUGUGGGUCUGGAUAUGAUAUGUGACACCCUUGAUGCCCCUAUUUAUGUAUCUACUCCAGUUAGGGAUUCAGUGAUGGUAGAUAGCGUCUACCCUUUUGCGAUUACUUUCAUCAGUGCAGAUACUCCAUCUAUUGAUUCGGUUCCAGUGGUACGCGAGUUUGCAGAUGUGUUCCCCGCGGACUUGCCUGGUAUGCCACCGGAUCGUGAUAUUGAUUUCAAGAUUGAUUUAAGAAUUGAUUUAGACCCAGGGACUCGUCCUAUCUGUAUUACACCUUAUAGGAUGGCGCCAACAGAACUCAGGGAAUUGAAAGAGCAGUUGCGAGAUCUUCUGAGGUACCAUCAACUGAAGAUUCGCCAUCAACUGAAGAUUCGGGCGGAGGAUAUUCCUAAGACAAGUUUUCGGACCAGAAGUAAGGAGGAGCAUGAGAAACAUUUGAGAAUUGCUCUUGGGGUAUUGGGGGAGAAGGAGCUAUAUGCUAAAUUCUCCAAGUGUGUGUUCUGGUUUUCUUCUGUGUCCUUCGUAGGGCAUGUUAUUUCGAAGGAGGGUAUUAUGGUAAAUCCUCAAAAAAUUCAGGCAGUCAGGGAGUGGGCUAGGCCAACAUCACUGACAGAGAUCCGUAGCUUCGUGGACAGGGUGUUGGCUUGUGUUGAGGCUCGGUCGUCAUUUUUAGAACAGAUUAAGGCUAAGAAGUUUGAGGAUGCUAAGUUGUGGAAAAUUCAUGAUAAGGUAUUGCGUUGUGAGGCCAAAGAGGCCGUGAUUGAUGAAGAGGGCGUGCUGCAAAUCAAGGGGCGAGUAUGUGUGCCACGUGUGGGCGAUUUGUUUAAGACCAUUCUGACAGAGGCUCAUAGCUCGAGAGGGAUGCCCAUUCCCGAGCGGAAGUGGAAAAGAAUAGCCAUGGAUUUCGUGGUUGGUCUUCUGAAGACGUUGGGGAAGUUUGACUCCAUUUGGGUUAUUUUUGAUAGGUUGACUAAGUCUGCCCACUUCAUUCCAGUGAAGAUAACGUAUGAUACGGAGAAAUUGGCUAUAAGUCUACAUUCGUGA